CUUCGUUAUUUAUUUAAUAAAACGAUAUAUGGGACACCUGGUAUACGCAAACUGCGAGAAUGCCAUAGAAACCCAAAUAUAGGUAUCACAUAGAAUGCCCACCUACCGCGCAAAAACUACGAAACAAAAUAAUAAUAUCGCAGGUUAUUAUCACGUGCAAACAUACCAUGACCAAAAUUAGUUUUACCCACCAAGUGGAGGACCAUCACCAUCAUCUCUUCGCUUAAACCCGUGGAUAGCGCGCGUUUCGCUAAUUAAUUUCAAUUUUUCUAUUUAUUUAUUUUUAUCACCUCGGGCUUUUGUAAAAGUUUGCACCUAUACGGAAUUUUGACCAUGUGAAUACAUUAUAGAAUAUUCGUUCCGAUUAGAAGUUACUGGGGUUUUAGAGAGCCAUUCUAGUAUUAAUUAUUGUUGGGUGUGUAUCUUGGGAUAGUCUAAGAGUGAAGAAAAAAUGGUGAAGGGCACCGCGGGGCCUUUCUCAAGCAGAACCGAAUUCAUAACGGAUGAUACAAUCAACGAUGGCCUCAGAUACAGCCGUAACGGGGGAUGUUUCGUGACCACGAAAAAAGCAAUCGCUUUCGUCGUUUUGGCCUUACUUUCCUUAUUUAUUGUUAUCGUACUCAUGUAUUAUUAUGGACCAAACACCAAAUUGCAACUGCUUCGCACUGAAAUCAACGAUAUCGAACAACUGCUAAAUGAGACCAUCAAUGAAGAAAUUGCCAAAGAAGACUUAAGGUUACCAAACGAUUUGCACCCGAUGCAUUACAAGUUAAACCUGUUUCCCAUCUUAGAUGAACCGAGGGAGGAUAAUUUCACUUUUACCGGUCAAGUCAAGAUUCUUGUAAGUGCCAUUCAAUCGACUAACAAAAUAGUCCUUAACUGGGAUGAGGAGCUGCAAAUCAUAGACUCUGAUAUAAAAGUGACUUUAGUUACUGAAGAACCAGUUGAUAAUAAAGCACACAAUAUCACCAGAAGACAAGCUGAUGUUACAGAAGAUAUUCCUGCACCUGAAAGUGAUGACGAAUCAAUCACUACGACCACCGAAGAAAUCGUUACGACUGAAGCAGCUGCCAAAGAAGAAAAGGCCUCAGAACCAACAGCUAUGGAACCCCCGUUAAAUAUCGAAGCAGUAGUAAGAGAUCCUGAAAAUUUCAAACUAAAAAUCCUCCUGGAGGACUCGCUAAGAGCAGGCAAAACUUAUGUGGCUGAUAUCAAGUUCUCCGGCAACAUCACCAAUAAUUUGGUGGGAUUGUAUCGGACUAGUUAUACGGAUCUGGCUGGAAACGUCAAGUGGUUGGCUACCACCCAAUUUGGUUCAGUCUAUGCCAGAACGGUAUUCCCGUGCUUCGACGAACCCUCGUUUAAGGCCCAAUUCGAAAUCAGCAUUGCCAGAAAAACCAACAUGACUGUACUCUCUAAUAUGCCCCUAAAACUUACCGAACCCAUAAACGACACCGAUUGGAUCUGGGACCACUUCAAAGUCACCCCUUUAAUGUCAACGUACCUGGUGGCUUUUACGAUUUGCGAUUUUGGAUUUAUCGCCGCCUCCAACGGCACCGCACAGCGGCCGCUGAUAAAAGUGUGGGCCCCAAAAGACGACCUACCGAAGGCCCAGUUUGCCCUCGAGGCGGCCCAGGAGAUUUUGCCCUUUUUGGAGCGGUACUUCGAGAUUAAAUAUCCGUUGCCCAAGUUGGACUUGGUCGCUAUUCCUAGUUUUGGGAUGGAUGCCAUGGAGAAUUGGGGGCUUAUACAUUUUAGAAAACUGACCCUGCUGUUCGACCCAGACUCCCGCAGUAUCAAAACAAAAAGCCUGGUAUUCGCCAAAAUAGCCCAUGAACUAGCUCACCAGUGGUUCGGCAACCUGGUCACUAUGGAAUGGUGGUCAGAUCUUUGGCUCAACGAAGGAUUUGGUACGUUUAUGGCCGAGGAAACGUUAACUGCUUUAAGACCGAGAUGGCACGUGUACAUAAGCCUACAGCUUCGUAACGCUUAUACAACGUUAUAUUAUGACAGUCUGAAGUCUACUCAGAGUAUUGAGAGUAACGUGAGCAGUAACGCCCAGAUCGAGCAGAUUUAUGAGACCUACAUAGUGACAAAGAAGGGGAGCAGCAUAUUGAAGAUGCUCAAUUACACGUUGACCAAAGAGGUGUUCCAGAAGGGUUUGCACAAUUAUUUGAAGAAAUUCUCCUAUAAGUCGACCAAUCAAGAUGACUUAUGGGGUCUUUUUACCAAACGGGCUCACAAUCAGAGUAUCAUUCCCGAGAACGUGACCGUCAAAGCCCUUAUGAACUCCUGGACGUCGCAGAGUGGUUAUCCAUGCAUCACAGUUAAUAGAAACUAUUCCACAGGUAUUGCAACGAUAAAUCAGACUAAAAUGACCGAAGACUUGAAUGUAACGUCCAAUGAGUUAUGGUAUGUCCCGAUAACGUAUACGGUCAAAGACGAGAAGGAAGUAAGCAGCAUUUGGUUGGAAAAUGUGAGGGAAACCGAGCUGAAUUUGAGUUAUGCCGGAAACGACACGUGGGUUUUGGUUAAUAUUGAUGAAACAGGCUUUUUCCGAGUAAACUACGAUAUACACAAUUGGAACCUGCUCACCCAGCAACUGAGACGAAACCCGAACAAAAUAUCUGUAUCGAACCGCGGCCAUCUUAUAGAUGACGCCUUCCAGUUGGCCAACGUUGGGUAUCUAAAAUACACGGUCGCGUUUAAUUUGGUCAAAUACUUAAACAUCGCCGAGAUCAACUAUAUCCCUUGGUACGCCGCCUUGAGGAACUUGGAGGAGUUACGAGUGAUAAUCAGCAAUUACGAAUAUUCCGGUUUAUAUGACGAUUUCAUUCUGAAACUGGUGAAACCGAUGUUCGAAGAGUUGGGCACCAUCGAGAAACCGAACGACACCCAAAACGAGAAACUGCUGAGAUUGCUGGUAGUUACUUUGGCAUGUCAGCUUAGAUACUGGAAAUGUACGGUCUGGACGAGACAACUGUACGAGCAAUGGAUGAAAAUGGAAAACCCUGACACCAAGAACAUCAUCAACGUAGACUAUAGACAUUUAGUCCAGUGUUCUGCAAUCCGCACCGGCGGGCCGGAAGAGUGGGAUUUUCUCUGGAACAGAACACUGUCCCCUUCAAUAUCUCCCGCCGAUUUGGAAACUGCUUAUCUGAGCUUGGGUUGCACCUAUGACCCCUGGCUGAUCAACAGGUAUUUGGAGUAUUCUCUGGAUGGAAACAUGACUCUGGAGAACGUUCAGAAUGUGUGGCGGUCCAUUAAUCAUCCGGUGGGAGCCCGGACAGGCUUUCAGUUUCUACGAUUGAACUGGGACAGGAUCUUUGCCACUUACGAGGAUAUUUAUCCGGUUUUUACCACGAUUUUUCACGAUUUUGUCUCGCAGUUGUCUACUGAAAUCGAUUUGGAGGAUCUGACCACGUUCUAUAAGCUGCAUCAAAAUGACUUGAAGUCCGUCGCAAAUAUCUUGCAGAGUUCGGUAGACCAGAUGAAGGUUCGCAUCAAGUGGAAGAAGAAACAUCUGGAUUCAGUGGUCGGCUGGUUAAAGGAUAAUAAAGUUUAGUUUUAUUUUAUAAUGCUGAUGUCAGUAUUUUAUGUUUGUUUUUGUAUAUUAGACAUUAUAGCGCAUGUUACCGCAACUUUUAGCAUUUAUGUAAUAUAUUGUUGUUAUUUUUUUAUGCAA